AUGAGCGACGAUGUGCGCAUCAAGCUGGGAAAGCUCGACUACGAGCUCGAGAUAGAUCCAUUCGGUGAGCUCGCCAAGUACGAGAAUGGCGCAUCUCUUCGCUAGCGCGCUCAUGUAUGCCACUCUUUUGCGGUCCAGUACAUAUGCUCGCUGCUCCUCUGAGGCGAUGCGUUCUCACUUCGGCCUCUUUGCCAGUCUGUAAGUCGACUCUGCGUUCACCUCACCCCAGGAAAAUUUGGCGGCGCGUCCUCACACUAUUCUCGCAUGGGCGCUGCGAAGCGCUGAUGGUCAGGCUAGCCAUUUGCCAACCAUUCUCUGAGCAGCCCGCAGGAAAUUCUGUCAUCCGGGAGAAGAAUGAUCAGCUGACCCUGCGAGACAUUGAGAACAACGACCGUACUGAGCGCAGGCGCGAGAACAAGCAAAAGUCCGCUCGAUUAUCACGUAUCCAAUUUCCAGGUCACACACGAGGAAGGGAGAGCAGAGGAGCUUGGUUAACUUUGGAUCGCAAUGUCUUUCAGAGCUUGUCAAACAGAGGUGGGUCGAUGCGGAAAGCUCACAUCACCAGCGCAUGUCGCGACGGACCGAGACCUGAUUCAUAUCACGCCUUGUACUCACAUCCGGUCUCUCAGCUUCGGCCUCUCGGAUUCGUGCUGCCAUCCCGGCCGAUCUGCAACAUCAAGUCGAGACGGAUUUGGAAGAACGUGUGCUUAAUGAGGUCCACAAGACAUCAGCAUCAUUGGAUCGGGAGUCCUCGAAUCCGCUCCGAGAAUGCGGACCAAGGAGCGAAAGACCAAUCAGAUGCAUCGAGUUGAAUGGUCUGGGGAGGCUCUCAGCCGCUCCAAGCCCCGGAGGAGAAAACUGGACGCUCGCAGCUCUGUUGGUAUUCUCCAGCGAGACUAGGGCAGCACCGACGCCUCAUUCUAUGACCGUGGCACCAGACGCUGCGACUGCGCAACCAUCAGACGACAUAUCGCGGGACGAGCAGCUUCCUGGCGCUCGAAUGGACGAGGUCAAGAGCUUGGUCGAAGAGCUGGACAAGGAAGCUGGGGUGCCCAUCUACGAGAUAGACAGCCUGUUCGUCGACGAGUCGGGCAAACACCAGCGCAUCGACGAGUUUCUGAGCUUGCUGCGUCCUUCGGCGGAAAGGUCCUCUCCGAAUAGCGCGCCCGCGUCGACAAAUGCUGAGGUUCAAGAAGAAGAAAGGCUGAAAGGCAGACCUGUAGUCUUCGAGGUCCACAAGCAUGCGUACACGAGAGACCUGCUCAUCGCCUUGGCUAGGCUUGCCUUUUAUCACGGGAGAGAAUAA